AUGUCCCUUAAUAAUCAAAUCAUUGUCGUUGGUGGCGGUCUUUCAGGUCUUUCAGCUGCUCAUACUGUUCUUGAACAUGGUGGCAAUGUCUUGUUACUUGAUAAAAAUCCAUUCUUUGGUGGUAAUUCUACCAAGGCAACAUCUGGUAUUAAUGGUGCUUUAACACGUACUCAAAUUGCUUUGGAUAUUAAAGACUCUGUUGAACAAUUUUAUCAAGAUACACUAAAGUCUGCACGUGAUUUAGCACGUCCUGAUCUUAUCCGUGUCUUAACAGGACGAUCUAGUUCUGCCGUUGAAUGGCUUCAAGAUAAGUUUACUUUAGAUUUAUCACUUGUAUCUCGUCUUGGUGGCCACUCCUUCCCUCGUACACAUCGUGGUAAGGAACAAUUCCCAGGCAUGACGAUUACAUAUGCCUUGAUGGAAGGCAUGGAAGAGAUGGCUGAAAAGCAACCCCAUCGUGCCAAGAUUAUUAAAAAGGCAAAGGUAGAAAAUUUGAUCAAGGAUGAACAAGGCAAUGUUAUUGGUGUUGAAUAUGUUCUUGUUGGUAAAGGAGCUACUAAUGAAAAAAUAAAAGAAUAUGGACCCGUCAUCUUGGCUACAGGUGGUUAUGCUGCUGAUUUCACAGAGAAUAAAUCUUUACUCAAGAAGUAUCGCCCUGAACUUUAUAAUCUUUCUACAACAAAUGGUGAUCAUUGUACAGGUGAUGGUAUCAAGAUGGCAGCCUCUAUUGGUGCUAAUACAAUCGAUCUUGAAAAAGUUCAAGUUCAUCCUACUGGCUUAGUAGAUCCUAAGGAACCUGAUGCUAAAGUCAAGUUCUUGGCUGCUGAAGCUCUUCGUGGCUGUGGUGGUCUUUUAUUGAAUGCAGAUGGUGACCGUUUCUGUGAUGAAUUAGGUCAUCGUGAUUAUGUUACGGGUAUGAUGAAUAAGAAUAAAUUCCCUAUCCGUCUUAUCUUGAAUACAGCUGCUUCUAAAGAAAUUGAAUGGCAUUGUCGUCACUAUGAAGGUCGUGGGUUAAUGAAACGUUUUGCUAAUGGUGAAGCCCUUGCUAAAGAAAUGGGGAUCAGUCCUAAACAUCUUGAACAAACAUUUGAAACUUAUAAUAGAAUUGCUGAAGGUAAAGAAAAGGACCCUUGGGGUAAACGAUUCUUCCAUAAUGUGCCUAUCAAGAUGACAGAUUAUUUUUAUGUUGCACUUAUGCAACCUGUUCUUCAUUAUACCAUGGGUGGUGUUGAAAUUACGCCUGAUGCCGAAAUAAAAUCUACAGAAGGUAAUCCUAUUCCUGGCCUCUUUGCUACAGGUGAAAUGUGUGGUGGUGUUCAUGGUGCUAAUCGUCUUGGCGGUUCCUCUCUUUUGGGUUGUGUUGUAUUCGGACGUGUUGCAGGUGAAACAGCAUCUCGUUAUUUGUUCUCUAAACUUAUUAAUGGGAACCCAACUCAGGUAGCUCAACAACGUUUAGGCGCUAUUGGUCAACAUUUAGGUGGACUUGGUAUCAAUAUUGUAGUUCAUCCUGCUAAGCCUAAUGUAAUUAGCUUAGAUAUUUCUUUACCUUCAAACGGCGGUAGUCAAUCACAGGGAACUGCUCCUACAAUGCAUCAUGAUACAUCUGCUGCCCCUAUUCAUAAUCAAGAAGAAUCUACAAAAAAGGUAGAUGAGCCAAAGAAGAUGGGUGAAUAUACACUUGAAGAUGUUGCAAAACAUAAUAAGCCAGACGAUUGCUGGGUUGUUGUAAAUGGCCAAGUCUUGGAUGUUACUGAUUUCCUUCCUGAUCAUCCUGGAGGAAAGAAGGCAAUCCUUAUUUAUGCCGGUCGUGAUGCAACUGAAGAAUUUAAUAUGAUGCAUAAACCUGAUGUAGUUCAAAAGUAUGCUCCUGCUGCUAUCAUUGGUACUCUUAAAAGUAAAAUAUUAUAUAUACAAAGGCAUAUAUUUAUAGCUAUAACGAAAAAAAAUGAAUAA